AUUCGCAUGCGCAGUGAGUACUGAGCUGGGCGCGGCGGAUGUGUGAACAUGGGAACACCACAAAAAGAUGUUGCAAUAAAAAAUGAUGCACCAGGUACAUUGUUGUUAGAGAAGCAUGUGGACUACAUAGCUGCUUAUGGAACAAAAAAAGAUGAUUAUGAAUACUGUAUGUCAGAAUAUUUAAGAAUGAGUGGCGUUUAUUGGGGAUUGACAGUGAUGGAUCUUAUGGGACAGCUGCAUCGAAUGAACAAAGAAGAAAUUCUGGCAUUUAUCAAAUCAUGUCAACAUGAAUGUGGUGGAAUAAGUGCAAGCAUAGGUCAUGAUCCUCACCUGCUAUAUACACUUAGUGCUGUCCAGAUUCUUACUCUGUAUGACAAUCUACAUGUUGUGGAUAUAAAUAAGAUAGUUGAUUAUGUAAAGAGUCUACAAAAGGAAGAUGGGUCGUUCGCUGGAGACAAAUGGGGAGAAAUAGAUACAAGAUUUUCGUUUUGUGCAGUAGCAACACUAGCCCUUCUGGGUAAACUGGAUUCAAUUGAUGUGGACAAAGCAGUAGAGUUUGUUUUGUCUUGCAUGAACUUUGAUGGAGGAUUUGGUUGUAGACCAGGAUCUGAAUCUCACGCAGGACAGAUCUAUUGUUGCACAGGAUUCCUGGCAAUAACUGGCCAAUUGCACCAAAUAAAUGCUGACUUGCUAGGAUGGUGGCUUUGUGAACGGCAGUUGCCAUCUGGUGGCCUCAAUGGAAGGCCAGAAAAGUUACCAGAUGUAUGCUAUUCAUGGUGGGUGUUGGCAUCUCUGAAAAUCAUUGGCAGGCUGCACUGGAUUAACAGACAGAAAUUACGCAGUUUUAUCUUGGCUUGCCAGGAUGAGGAGACUGGAGGAUUUGCUGAUAGGCCAGGAGAUAUGGUGGAUCCAUUUCACACCUUGUUUGGAAUUGCUGGACUCUCGUUACUGGGAGAAGAACGGAUUAAGCCUGUGAAUCCUGUGUUCUGUAUGCCUGAUGAGGUCCUUGACAGAAUAAAUGUACAGCCAGAACUUGUGAGCUAGUUUUUAUCGUUGUACAGUGUUGUCAUACUCGGCUGCUUUGAAUUUUUCCAUCAAAUGACAUUUUAAAAUAUGUUUACAUGACAGAUUACCACUUUACUGUCAUUUUGUAUGUGGACUGUAUUCAGAGUUAAUAAAAUGAGUAUUACAUGUGCUUGAAGUUCUCCAUAACAGAUGUAGAUAUACAUUUAAAUUGUCUUUAAAAAUGUGUGCUUCAGGGCUCUGUUCUGGUCCUGUUACUUCAGAAUAACAUACUGUAUUAGGCACAGUAGAUGAAUACUUGAAUUGUUUGACUUUAUAUUUAUUAAACGAUUGUUCACCCAUCUUGAUGAUAGCGUGUAUUGGACAGUGAAUUGUCCCGAAUACUGUUUUCAUUAACAAAGAAAUUUACUUGCAUAUGCCAGUGACACUUUAUGCUCUUAAAUUCCUGUUUAGGAUUUGCCAUAGUUUUUUAAUCCGCUUUGAGUCACUUUGUCUUGUCCUACAUUACAGUAGACAUUUUGUGGUACUCAGAUUAUUGCUUUUUACUAGUGACAUCCUUUAAUAGUUCAAGUUCAAGUUAGCCUUUAUUGGCAUAAAAUGAAGUUUAAUAAUGCAAUCAUGAUGUACCUUGAUAUAAACUGAUGCCCUUGCUGAAUUUUUUGGAAUUUGUUCCUUCACUCUAAAAUAUUUAUUGCAAUUGUGGAAUCCCACUUUCAGUAGUAUUUAGAACAGUUAUGUAUGUGUGUGUGUGUAUAUAUAUAUAUAGUCCAAAAAUAAAGUUAUAAAAGAAUACUGUUUUCUGUAAAGUGAAAUAUCUAUUUCCACUGGAAUUCUAGAAG